GGUUUCAUUCCAUAAAAGACCGGGAUUUUUUAACCACGUGAGUAAUUAUCAGCUUCUAAAAUAGUCCUACUGAAUGAGGCAGAGACAAGAAGUUUAUUGAAGCAGUCGCAACAAUGAAAACGGGAACAAUUUUUACGCUACGCUGUUAGAUUGUUUGUUCUAGGUUUCCAUGGUUUUGUAGGUUCAGAAUACGAAGAGAAGUGAAUAUGGCUGGCAACAAGCGAUUUAUUAAAAGGAAGAAAGAUUCUGACAAUCAUGAAUCUCCGAAUGACAAAGGCUGCGGCUGUUGGCCACGUUCCUUCUGGAAAUUGUGCCGCGGUGCCCGGACUUCCAGUAAAGUAAAAAAAAAAAACAGAUCUGGGGCAUCCAACAGCAACAAGGAUUCAAUCCCUAAACUUGUAGGCCACGGCAUUAGCUCAGCACAAACCAAACGUAAAGAAAAGGGACGACCAACUCCCAAAGGAAAAAGACGAUUAAGCAACGAUUGUUUCAGAACAUAUACCAUCAUGACUAAGAAGAUAGAAGACGAACUGCAAACUGUUAGAUUAGCGAAUUCUCGAUUCAAGAAGGCUACAGGUCCUCAGUCAGACAUGAAGCCACCUACUGAGUCCAUAAGGUCACCAAAAACAACAACUAAGAAAGAGAGACGACUGACCUUAAACGAGACGAGACAUUUAAACGAGGAGCUGUUCAGAACAUACACCAUCGCUACUGAGGAUAUAAAAGAGGCACUGCAUAUUACAGGAUCAAAAAAAUCUCCUUUAAAGAAGGCUACAGGUCCUCAGUCAGAUAAAAAACCCAGGAAAGUCCGUAUCUAAUCUUUGAGGCACGCACGCAAAGCGCAAACCUACAACAGAAAAGGUAGGCUAAGUGAAUGCCUCUGAUUUGCCCCUAAACUUCCAAGCCAGGAUAUUACCUCAGCAUAAUCUACACCUAGGGAAGGAAGACAACUGACUCCCAAGCAGAAAAGACAAUUAAACAAGGAGCUUUCAAAACAUACAGCAUCACUACUAAGAAGGUAAACUACGCACUGUAAAUUGUUGGAUUAGCAGAUUUCUGGGUAUUUUGAAACUCUAGUUUCUUAUUGAUUGGCGUUUUAUCUAACUCUUACAUACAUUAUCAUGUGCAAGGGAUCCCGGACUUACUAUAACCUUGGAGAUGCGUGAAAUUAUUAAGGCAGCUAGAGUAUACAUACUUCUUUUGCCAGUUAGAUAUGUUAGAUAACGUAAUUUAUCUGUCGGAGGAUUUACCUGUAUAUAGAUUAUUUGGGUAUUAAACUGAAUUCUGUUGUGCACUUAAUUACGUAUUAGACUGUAUCUUAAGCACCUAUCCUAUUUAAUUAGAGUGGACUAGGUGGAAGUAGUUAUCGGUGGAAUACGUUAUUUUAACUCAGUUGAGUUCCACAUACUUCACUAUACUUCUUAAAACACAGUCCAUUACGUAGGUAAAUGUACAACAGAAUUCAGUUUAAUAACCAACCAACCAAAAAGCUAACUAAGGGCGGAGUCCUGCGCAAGCGCAAGCAUCGUCUCUUCCUAGGUGACACCAUUCCUGCGUACGAGGCAUAUUGCUGGAAAUGGUACACGGUCUUAAACUAAAAACGGAAAUUUUGCUAACGCUAACAGGGUUUCAGUUUAAUACCCAAACAAUCUUCUUCUUAUACCCAGUUCUCUGCUACGUAGAGCAUAUUGGUCGCCUUGCGAAGGUUUCUAAUCUAUUUUUAGACGUUUGGUAGGGAAUCCUUGGACGAGUAAUCAUACCAUCGCAAGGCCUCUGCCAAAAACAUGUCUGAGAAAUGGCCGCUGAAUUUUGCUUACGAAUCAUAUCUUUCAUGCUCGUAAGGUUUCUUUACAUGCCGUAAAUCUACGACAUGGAACCGCCGGCUUUACUUCCCCUACGAAGGAAGUAGUGUUACGGAUUUUUUUCACCCUUAAAAAAUCCAUCGAUCUCGGCCGGGAUGAACACGCAAAUCUUGGGUCCAGUGGCAAGCACGAUACCAUCGAGGGCAACACCCAAAUAAUACAGGAUGAGUCAAAAGUAUGUUUACAAACUUUAUUUGCUUGUUCCAGGAUCAAAAAUAAGAAAAAAAAUCCUAUGAACCUUGAGUCCAAAGUGUUACAUUUUCGAAAUAAUAGCCAAAAGUAAGUUUCAAUAAAUUACUUUAUGUCAAAGUGAAUCCAGCUUCCAGCAAAGAUUUUCAAUUAACGUUUGGACAGGAAUUGUUGGCGACAUACUUGGUCCACACAUGCUUCCAUCGCGUCUAAGAGGACCUUCAUAUCGGCGAUUCUUAAGAAGACACUUGCCACAUCUCCUUGAAGUUGUACCACUAAAUAUAAGAAGAAAAAUGUGGUUUAUGCACAACGGAGCCCCAGCACACUUCUCCCUUCGCGUCAGAUAUUAUGUCAAUGAACAGUACCCUCAGCGAUGGAUUGGACGCAUGGUCACCGAGGUCACCGGACCUGAAACCAUUGGACUUCUAUCUGUGGGUCACUGGAAGUCCGUCGUCUGUGCAACACCCAUAAAAUAAAGAAGACCUAUGGGAACGUGCGCGGAAUGUAUGCCAGAUGAUUCGAGGAAACCCUGGUGUGUAUGAACGAAUCCGUCAGUCUUGUGUAUGUCGUGCUCGGGCAUGAGUGGAGAACGGAGGAGCAACCUUUGAGCAUAUGUUAUAAAGAAACAUCCCUGUCCUUAUACUCGGCAAUAAGGGCAUAUAUUUAAACUUAUUUGUGGCUAUUAUUUUCAAAAAGAUGUAUUUGUGAACACAUGUUUAUAGGAUUUUUUUUUUUGAUCCAGCAACACGCACACAAAGUUUGUAAACAUAUUUUUGAAUUAUCCUGUAUAUUCACAGAUAAAUACCCCAACAGGUAAAUCACGUCAUCUAAUGCACUAUCAUACUUAACCAAAAGUCCUACUGGCACGUAUCGUCAUCGGUACAUUCAACCUGGGAUCCCUUCAACAUGAUACUGUAAGUAAGAAUUAGAUAAAACGCCAAUCAAUUAGAACCUACACUUUAAACCCCCCCCCCCCCCAACAAAAACCUAUACUGAUGUAAUACACUCAUCUACGCCACUUCUAUAAUUCCAAUCUCUGCUGAUUUAUUAUACAAAAAUUAAUUCAAUAAAAGUGCAACAAGAAAGCUUAA